AUGCGGUCAAAUCUGGUUUGCUGCUUCGUCACGCCAGAUGUCAUUCGGCAAUCUAUUUUCACGGAUUACAGAGCUUCUGCCAAGGAACUUAUGUUACUCGUCUUCUUCCUUGUACUUGGUGUUGUCGUAUUCGCCUCAUUGGUCUACUAUGCUGAACGGGUUGAACCAAAUCCAAAUAAUGAAUUUCAAAGUAUUCCUAUAGGAUUAUGGUGGGCGAUCGUUACGAUGACUACCAUUGGUUACGGUGACAUUACACCUCAUACAUACCUCGGACGACUCAUUGGUUCUAUUUGCGCAUUGGCCGGUGUACUUACCAUCGCCUUGCCAGUACCUGUAAUCGUCUCAAACUUCGCAAUGUUCUACUCCCAUACACAGGCUCGAUCGAAAAUGCCGAAAAAACGUAGAGGAGUAUUGUCAGUCGAUCAGGUGAAGCAGCAGCCACAUCGAACAAACGGACCACGCCGUCAGGGCGGCGAAAAUACGCCGCUCGUUCAAAAUGCCAAUAAUCAUAUCUCACCGCCACAUACGGUCAUCUAG